UCUUCUUCACCAAAACAUCUCGCGAUUUCGCUGUGCUUCUUCUCCUCCUUCUCCUGCUCAUCUUGAGCUCCCUCUCGAUCGAUCAUGGCUUCCAUUAAUGCGCCAGAGGAGGUGAAGAAGAAGAAGAAGAAGGUGAACCUGAUAAGCUCUGAUGGAGAGUGGUUCGAAGUCGAAGUGGAUUUGGCGAAGCAGUCGCCGAUCAUCGCCCCGGCUGUCCAGAAACACGAAGGAGACGAUCCUCCCACCAUCUCUAUCAAUGUCCGCUCCGAUAUCCUCCUCAAGAUCAUCGAUUACUGGGAGACGCACGCUCAAGAAGAACCCGAAUCCGUAAGGGAGAAGAACGAACUUUGGGACACGGAAUUCGUGAAGAUGGAUAAGCCUGUUCUCUACGCUGUAAUUGAGGCAGCUCAUUAUCUGGAAAUGACAAAGUUGGUGGACCUUACAUGCCAGAGAGUUGCUGACAUGCUUAAGGGCAAAACCGUAGAAGAAAUGCGUGAGAUUCUUGGCAUAGAAAGCGAUCUCACCAAAGAGGAAGAGGAUGCGAUCCGGCAGCAGAACUCCUGGGCCUUCGAGGAUGACAUCCCCGGACGAGGAGCCAAAAGCUUAGCCAUCCUGCUGCAUUGCAACAAAACUAUUCAAUAGUGUGCAUUGAGAUAAUAGUGUCAAUGGUUUAAAUUCACGUUUAUUACCACGUUUCAUUUUUCUUCGUUGAUUUAAUUCAAUGCACAUAAUCCUAGAGCAAAACUUUUGUCUCAACAAAGUGCUCUGGAAUUGUAGAUACAGAAUUGGACUUUGUACAAUUGAUUCUUGGCUCUGUCUGACAAGGUUUGCCUUUGUAUUUGGCUAUUUUCAGUAGGUUUGCUCUUCAUGCUUGCUCUGUACUAUGGCAACCUAUUGUCACUGGUAUAUACUGGUUGUGUGUGAUAGACCAUAUAUAUAUAUGAUAUUUGUAGUGCUAUUUUGU